AUGGCACCAAAAAGACUCUCGCGAGAGGGCCUCCCCACUCGAACAAGAAACAAAAGUGAGACCGACGAUGCAAGAGAACGACUCCAAGAGGAUCUCGGGACCUCCUGGGUCUCAGGCCCCAAUAUUGGCUCUGGUGCUUUCGCCCAGGACUGCUGCCUCUACCUGAAGCAAAAUCGCAAAGGCCGCAUCAUCGAUCGCUUCGUUUUCAAGAACUCCGACGUCGAGGAGAGCAUGUGGCCAUAUUGGGAGCAAAAAUCUGGAGCCACCAAGACUGUUCCUAACGAAAUUCUCGCUAUGCGCCGUCUCAACGAUCUAGAGGGCGCCAAAGAGACCGUUGUGAGGCUGAGGAAUUGGCGGAUAGUCGAGAUCGUGCGACCUAAGCUUCGACGAAACAAACAUCGAAUGCAUCUAUAUCUCGAGUUCUGCCCCUUUGGUACGGUACAGAGCGUUGCGAAAGCGCAUAAGCAAUGGCGUGAGAACCAUGGCCUUGCACGCGAUAGGGAUACAUACAUCCCCGAGCCAUGGCUCUGGACCCUCUUGGAGUCCCUCGCCACCGCAGGGCUCCUAAUGCAACAAGGCUCCCUUGACGCUGAGUCGGAUUCGGAGUGGGACCUCAUCGUCCACAAAGACAUCACAUCCCACAACGUCCUCCUCGGCUGCAAGAGCUCCAAUACGUUCCGAGGCUAUCCAGGCGUCCCCAAACUGGCGGAUUUCGGCAAAGCGCUAGUCCUACGCCAUGGUGAUGAUCAUAUCACGACGAGCCGCAACCCCCAGCAGGAGGGCAGCGACGAGAAGUAUGUCAAUACCGAUGCGCCGGAGGAGCAUAAGGAUAAGCUCGAGGGGCAGCAGGACCCGGAUAGAUUCCAGAGGUACUCCGGGCAAGUGAAUGUUUGGGCGGUGGGGCAUUUGAUGUGGGCUCUGAUAUCGGGGGAGGAUCAGCAUGAUUGCGAUUACACAGAGGAUGAGGCGCAGAAGCCGAGGGAUUUCGACGAGGAGAUUGCGGGAGAGUAUAGCGAGACGCUCCUCGACUUGGUCUAUCAAUGUCUGGAGUACCUCCCCGAGAACAGACCCACUUUCACCCAAAUCCUCGAACACAUCCGAGCCAGCGACGACGACGACGAGCCUAAAGCUAAUGUUUUCCAUGACCUUCGUAACGCUGGAAAGGACCAGUUCCUGUGGAAGAGGUAUGGACUUAAUGUCGAUGGGAAAGAGCGGUAUGCGUUGCGGAGUAUGCUUAAGACGGAGGCGGCUGGUGAUGUGGAUUUUCCAGGUACGCCUCCUUCGCCGCUGAGGAAGGAGGGGAAGCCACAAGGUUCGGAAACUUAUACACCCACUUCGAGCGACAGGGCGCGCGAGGAGGAGAGCGAGAGUGAGGAGGAGGAGGAGAGUGAGGGAUCGGAGGAACAUUGGAUGCUUGGGAGGGGGGAGGAUUAUGGGAAGGCUGGGAAGAGGGGAAGGGAGGAUGGUGAGAACGAGGAGGACGAGGAGGAAGAGAAGCAGGAAAGGGAGACGCCGAGGAAGAAGUUGAAAACUCUGCCAAAUGAUGAGGAGGAAUCUGAUGUUGUGCCUGGUGGUGAUGAGGAGAUCGACGUCUCGAGUCUUACCGGUGUUAAGAAUGGGCAAGAGUCUGCUGACGAGGGCGAUAAUGAGCGAAGCUCUCAGCAGCGGGCGAGUGAGGGGGAAGAUGAGAGCGAAGAUCUUCCAGAGCAAACCGACGAUGGGCAGGGCGAAGAUGAAGACUCUCAGAAGCAGACGAAUGAGGACGAUGGACUUGCAGAUUCUCAAGAACAGACGACAGACGGAGAGGACGAGGAUCAAGGUUCCCAGAAGCCGACGAAGGACGAUGAGGAUCAGAAUGAAGAUACAUCAAGAAAAUUGAAUCGGGAAGAUGGGGGUGACGAUGCGGAAAAAGAUUCGGACAGUGAGGAACGCGGAAAGCCUCGAGAAGAAUCAAGCAGUGAGGAUGACGAAGAGGAUGAGGACAACAAUGACGACGGGGCCGGACCUGAUGCUCCUCCUGGACAGCCAAACUUGCGGGAUCCAGAUGCAGAUGAAGACGAAGAUGACGGCAAAGCUCAUCCCGAGCAGCUGGACGAUACUGGCGGUGAAGGCAAUGGCGAGCCGCAAGAUGGGGUGGACCGUGCUACCUCUGAAGAGCCAGCUGGCAAUGACGAUAAUUAUGCUGCCUCAGUGCCUGCAGUGCCAGCAGCGGUGCCGUACGACGAAGCCGAUGCGAAACAAGCAUGGUGGGACCUCGAAAUGGAGACCUAUCGGGCACGUAAAGGCCGCAAGGGCGGACCGCCGACGGCGAAGACACCAAAAGCAUGGCUGAACAUAUCAGAAGAUGAUCGGCCUGCGAUGUUCACUGCUAUACAGAAUUGGCGAGCCAGCGUCGCAGCCUUUGAAGCAGCUCUAGAACCUGUCGGCCCUCCUGCUGCUGACGAUGUGACGGCUGUUGAUGGUUACAUUUCUGGCCAACAGGAGAAGAUAUCUCUCCUGGACGCAGUCCUUACCAAUGUUGGAGCUUUGAUAACGGCCCGAGGUGGCCACGCCGAACCUGAACACACUGUCGCCUACUUGACAAGACUUCGGGCAGAGCGGCAAGCGGACAGGGAUACUCGUCAAAUCUUACUGGAUGGAGUUGAACAAGCCCAGCAAGACUUGCCAGAUGCUGACGAUGAAGACGACGAUGCCGCGCGAGUGGACUGGGAAGAGCAAGAUCGCAACGCGAGAAACGAGCAAGCGGUCGAAGACGAUGAAGAGCAACUUAAGAGGGCAAGACUCUUGCGCGCAGAAUUGGAUCUAUCGAAAGGCUGGAUCGGUGGCCCAGUCCUCGGCGAAGGCAAAUUCGGCAAGGUAACAGCUUCCUUCAGGCAAGACUCCAACGGCAGCAUUGUGGAUCGCGUAGCUAUCAAAGAUACCGACACUGCAAGCACCCACCAGACUGAGAAUAUGGACGUGGAAGUGGUGGCCAUGUACCGACUGCGAGCGCUGAAAGGCAGCUCAUCUGUGGUCGCAAUUCGCAACUAUCGCCCCGACAAUGAUGGCAAGCGUGUUCGCAUCUUCAUGGAGUAUUGUCCCUAUGGUACUCUAUGGUCGUUGAUCAAGCGCUAUUGUCAACACAAUAGGGUCAAACCGCGAGAUGAGCCAACAGCAUAUCUGCCCGAAGCUUUCGUGUGGGCGGUAUUCGAGAGUCUCGCGCAAGCUGGCAUGCUCAUGGAGACAGGAGAUCUGGAGUCUGACAACCCGCUAUCCAGGAACUGGGAGCUUAUAGUUCAUCGCGACUUCAAGGCCAUCAAUAUUAUGCUCGGCAACGCCUCACAGGAUGCUUUCCGUGGUUAUCCACAAGCUAAAGUUGGCGAUUUCGGUGCGGCCUUGACGUUUUCCGAGCAGCCUGCUCCACUGGGUACCAUGACGGUCGAUGUCGGUAGCUACGACAAGCGCUCCGCGCUCGAAGAGAUGCGAAAACGAUACACAAACCCUUCCCAACACUCAGCACCAGAAGAGCGAAACCCAAAACUGGAAGGCGCAAAGACUCCCCCUGCCUUCUCAUCUGCGACGAACGUCUGGGGCGUGGGCAUGCAGAUCUGGGGCUUGAUAAAGAAGUGUCGCGGCGAUGAUGACUUUCUUGAAGAUGACGAGUGGAGUCGACCACGCGGGCCGAGAGCAUUCACGCCACAGCAGGUGCAGUACUAUAGUCCGCAUUUGCUGAAGCUGGUAAGGCAGUGUGUGGAGUAUUUACCAGAGGAGCGCAUCUCGUUCAGAGAUCUGUUGAAGCAGAUUCGGAAGCGACGGAGUGAUGAGAGGAAGACUACUGCGGACGAGUUGCGGCAUGCACGGGCUGGGAAUGCGUUGUGGGGCAAGCAUAGCUUGCUGCUGGAGAGGGAGAGGUAUGCCUUGGGUCUCAGCUUGGCGACAGAGGCUGAGAAUGAUGAGAAGUGGCCGAAGGACGACACUUUCCCUCUGCCGCCGAAGCCGGAGCCAAAGCCAAAGCGGAACGAUGGAGAGAGUGAUUCAAGCGAUUCCGAUAGCAGUGAUGAUCUUGGUGGUCCCCAGGGCGCGGUCGCGAAUCUCCCACCGAAGACGCCAACAGUAGACAAGCCGUCGGGUGGACAAGUUGCUCGCGGCUCUGUGGGUAACUCACAGCCGUCUUCUGGAUCUGGUGGAAAGAGGAAGGCAGGCGAUGAGCUUGACGAGAGUGACGGACCUCGAACAGCUCGAAAGGCGUCCGAUGGCGAGCGAUAA